AUGUCCGAGAGUUCCAAAGAUUUGCUCUUAUUGUUCUUCAGCAUUUCCAAAAGGGACUCAAAUCUUCCUUUCGUACUGCUUCCACUCGAUUCUCCCUUCACAUUUCUCAAAUUCAAGGGCAUUUGCGAGUGCUUCAUAUUGCUGCCUCCUCUGCAUAAGCAGUGCAUCGAGAUAAGCUUUCUCCAAAGCCCACAAGUCAUCAUGGCUAUGAGGAAAAUUUGCUUUCGGCAAAUAUUGGAUUUGGUGGGGACCCAUAACAGGCAUCAGCAACUGAGCUCUGACUUGCAGCACGUGAAAGGUUUGAUUUCAGAGGUUGGCCACGGCCUUCCUGUAAAGAAAUAUAAUACUAUGGAGAUCGCAAAGCUCUUCCUUCUAGCUCCCAUUCCAGGACUCGAACUCCCACCUUUCUCAAACGACUCCACCGAAUUUUUCCUUGACAGAUUCCUCAGAGCCGUCUUUCUCAGCUCCGUCAAGUCAUCCUCGCUCUUUUUCACAGACGACAAACCCGGCUGCAUCGUGAACAGAGACGAGCCCACACCAAAACCACCACCACUAUUAUUACCACUUUCACUCACAUUCAUACCCAAACCAAACGCGGCCCUAAUCCUCUGCGCCACUCUCCAAUCCUCCUUCGACAGAGUUGGCGGCGGCAGCCGAGGAUUGAGAUUCUCGUUCGAGGUGGGACAGGAUUUCGUUUUCAGACAGCAAACUCAUGGUGGCGCUAAUGUUCUUCCCGGUUUCAUAGGUUUUCGCAAAAUCGGGAUGGUUGAAAAGGCUCCCGGCUGCCCCCAACGCGCCCUCGACAGUUGGGGGUGCGCUUCCGCUCCUGUUUAUGUCCAAAUCACGUUCGCGUUCGAGGCCAGGGGCUCGGUUAUUCUGCUGCUGUAA